GCGCCUGCGCAGAAGCGAGCUCCGCUCACCUUUUAAACAACCAAUAGGGCAGAGGAAGAGUGUGGGCUUCAAUAUGUCGCGCGAGAAUUUAAUGCUCCAACGUGUAGGGAGGAAAAAGUAGGAGACUGGUUUCUUCCUCAAACUUUCGUUGGGUGUGACAUUGUCCACGCUGGCUGGUGGCCUCAGGUAAAGUGAAAAGUAUGCACAGAAUUGCCAUUCUGGACCACUAACCAGUUUUCCACAGUGGCCAGCCGACAGUCUUGGAAUCUUGUUCUUGAAGUCAGCAGUUUCCCUUCCUCCUCCUGCCACUCCAGCAUACGAUUUCAGAGGUGAGAAAGUGUGAAGAAUGGAGACUGAAGCUGUAAGAACCAAAGGCAUGGAAAAAGAAACUACUGAACAAAGAAAGGAACGAGAAAAAAAGAAAAGGUCUAGAGUUAAACAGGUGCUUUCAGACAUAGCAAAGCAAGUGGACUUUUGGUUUGGUGAUGUCAAUCUUCACAAGGACAGAUUUCUCCGAGAGCAAAUAGAAAAAUCUAGAGAUGGAUAUGUUGACAUAUCACUUCUGGUUUCGUUUAACAAAAUGAAAAAAUUAACCACUGACAGAAAAUUGAUAGCACGAGCAGUUAAAAGUUCAUCUGUUGUAGAAUUGGAUUUAGAAGGAACUAAGAUAAGAAGACGUCAGCCACUGGGUGAACAACCUAAAGAUGUGGAUAGUCGUACAGUAUAUGUGGAAUUACUUCCAAAAAAUGUCAAUCACAGCUGGAUUGAGCGGGUAUUUGGGAAAUGUGGUAAUGUAGUUUACAUCAGUAUCCCUCGCUAUAAGACUACUAGAGACCCAAAGGGAUUCGCAUUUGUUGAAUUUGAAACAAAAGAACAAGCAGAAAAGGCAAUAGAGUUCUUGAAUAACCCACCAGAAGAUGCACCAAGAAAACCUGGUAUAUUCCCCAAAACAGUAAAAAACAAGACUGUUCCUACGCUGCCUACAGAUGAUUCCACUGUAGUUGAAGAAAAGAAGAAGAAAAAGAAGAAGAAAUCCAAAACAAAGAAGGAAAACAGCCAACAGCCAACUGCAGAAACAAAAGACUUAAACAUGGAGGUUACUGUAGAACACACAAGCAGGCCAAAAAGACAUCGGACAAUGUCGGAGAAUUCUGAAAUAGAAUUAUCAGAAGUGCAACGACAAUAUUCAAAGAAAGAAAAAAAGAAGAUUGAUAAAAUGGAAAACUUGGCUUUAGGAGAAAGUAAACCAGGAAAGAGAAAGCGAAGCCACUCUGGGGAUGAAGAUUUGUCAAGUGUAAAGGUAAAGAAAACUUCUCAGAAAGAUAAUGUUCAUUCUGCAAAAGAGGAAUCAACAGAAGGACAAGAAGAUUACAAAGAAAUUUCCACUGAAGAAGAAAGAGAUAUUGGGGAUAAAAAAGACACAUCUCUUUCAAAAUCUAAGAGGAAACAUAAGAAGAAACAUAAAGAGAGGCACAAGAUGGGAGAAGAGGUCAUUCCAUUGAGAGUCCUCUCAAAAAAUGACUGGAUGGAACUGAAGAAAGAAUACUUAACCCUGCAGAAAGCCAGUAUGUCAUCUUUGAAAAAAGCAAUGGCCCAAACAAAACCCAUAACUGUUCAGGAAAUGGAAACAGAUGCCUGCGUACCAAAGCAGCCUGCAGCCAGAAAUGGCAAAGCUUCCAGUGAUGGUUCGGCUCCUGCUGAGAAGGUUCAUACAAUGGGGCCCCAGUUUGAGGGUGGAGUAAUUGUGAAGAUCAUUAGUGCUGAGCCUUUGCCAGGCAGGAAGCACAUCAAGGAUAUAUUAGCAACAUUAGCUAAUGUUGCUUAUGUUGAUCUGCUUGAGGGAGAUACAGAAUGUCAUGUGCGACUUAAAACACCUAAAGAUGCAGAAACUUUAAUAAAAUCGCAUAAAGAACUGCAGACUAAAAACAACUGGAAACUUGAGAUUCUUUCAGGUGAUAAUGAACAGCGAUAUUGGCAGAAGAUCCUUGUGGAUCGACAGGCGAAACUUAAUCAACCACGGGAAAAGAAGCGGGGCACAGAAAAAUUAAUUGCAAAAGCUGAAAAAAUGAGACUAGCGAAGACACAAGAGAUAAGCAAGCAUAUCCGUUUCUCUGAAGAUGAGUAAAUUUAUAUAAAUUACUUAUAUGAAGCGCUGCUUAAAAGACGAAUAAACUGUUAUGAGGAAAUGGUUUCUGCUUUGUAAUACUAUGAAACAUAAAUAAGAUUAUUGUAAUCCCAGUUUCAGCUCACCAAAUUAAAGUGCUACUUGGAUCUGU